UACAUACAGAGUUUCGUCCAUUCGAUAAAAACCAAUACCGUGGAUUAACCUUCGACCACGUGCAAAUCCGUCAGUCGCAAUCAGUCAUCGUCGUCAGCUUGUCUGGUCGCUGCGUCGUCCGUCAUUGUUUCCGUGAUUGGAUUGAACCGGAGGAGAACCAUGGCCUGGGACGGUCUGCCGCUGGAGCUCUACGAGCGUAUCUUCCGGAGCCUGAACUUUUCCGAGCGGAAACCACUAUCGCUGGUCUGCCGCCGGUGGAAUCAGGCCGUAUUUUCCCGCUCGCUGUGUCGCAGUUUGUGUAUCGAACUUAGCCGGGGAGAGUGGGACCCGAGCGAAGGGAAGGAGCGAGUGGUUCUGGUGGAUGACGCAGUGAUUGAAGCUAGCGAGCGGGACUAUCGUGUGGUUUAUGUUAAAUGGUGUCGGGAUUCGAGUGCGGAGGUGUUGACUUCAAUUAAUCGGUUGCUAGCAGAGCUGGACGCGAAAUGUUUGCUGGAAGGACUGAUCAUUGAUGCACCCCUCGGUCCAACAUUGUGCGAUUUUAUUCAAACGCAUGGAGAAUUGUUUGCGCGUAUUCAGAAGCUACAAGUUUCCACCGAAAAGAAAGAUAGAGAAUCUAUUGCUGGUCAACUUACAUUGAAGAUGGACCAAUUAGAGACGCUAUACUGGAGAGAAAUCGCACCAAACGGACAUCAACGCCACAAGGAACCAAUUUUCGUGUUAAAUGCUCCCAAAUUGCACUCUGCGGUGGUAAAAUUUGGCGAUUCCGAUUCCGAACGAAGAAUUGCAUGGCAUAAUAGUUUUAUGGAACUUGAUCAAUGUUCAAGCUUGAAAACAUUAAAAGUUCAUCUUCAUCCGCGAAUGUGGACUCGUUUCUUCAAGCAGAGAUUGGAUGCAUUGGAAGACAUAACACUUUUCAUAAGAUGGAGGAAGAACUGCCUCGACUGGGAUGGAAUGUUUGCCAAUAUGCCAAAUCUUAAGUCGAUUCAGAUGAGAAGAGUCAAUGACUUAAUUCUUCGUGCGAUCAAUCGCCAUUGUCCUCAGCUACGUAUACUCUUAUUGGAUAAUGUAGAUCUAACUGGAAGGUUUUUAUCCGCGGAUAGAACUUUCCCUCAGUUGGAACAUUUCCGAUUGGAAACCGCUGAAAUCCAAUCGGACAAGACUCUGUACCUUCCCAACCUGAAGCAUCUCGAAUGGUUUAAUGUCAAAAACCAGAGUGAUCAAUCGUUAACCCUGGCCGCUCCCAUGCUACGCACUCUUCGUCAGUCCAGGGAUGAGGCAUCCGAUUUCAUUCUAACCAGUAAAUCGCCACUGGAGAAACUUCAGCUCGACCUUCACGAAUCGGACAUACCAGAGCACUUCUUCCAGCCAUUCCCCAAUAUGCGAGAACUGAGCAUACGCGUUAGCUCCGGUCGCCCAGAGUUGAACCGGAUGAUUCCAUAUUUUCGGAACAUCACCGAGUUUGUGUUGAUUGCGUACAAUGCUCCACUACAGUGUGAUCAGAUGCUGACUGGAAUGUUCAAAAACUGCAACAAUAUUUCUGCGAUGACCUUGUGUGGAUUCAAUCCGAACCUAGAGCUGUCUUUCCCGGUCUUUGCUCAAAUAUUCAGCAGCCGAAAUUUGAAGGUACUUAAAAUGUACGGGUUGAAUGUAACCGGGAACUCGUUUCCGCUGCUGAUCCUGCCGGGAUUGAAAAACUUUGAGCUACGCCAAGUCAAAGUAAUGGAUGUUGCAUUUGGAGCGUAUGUUUUUCCACCCGAUGAAUCGCAUCGAGUAGUUUGUCGUCAAAGUGACGACUGUUGCAGUUACUCCUCCAAGGAUUGUGAUUGAUGAACACGAACGCUUCACCACAUGCCGAUUUUAAGUCAUAAAUUCCAUAUUCGUUUUAAAAGUGAAGAAUUUCAAUUCUUCUCAUUAAGCUUGAGUCAUUGUAGAAAGACAUUUUUCACAAAAAUGCAAGCUUCUUUUUAAUUGUUUGCCCCAAUUGUGAUAACUACCAAAAGUAACAUACACAAAGUCAUUAAAAAUGAGAAUAGAAGAAGGAUAUUUUAAGAACUAAUUAGGCAUUCAUAUCAUUGUAAAACAUUGAUUUUUCAAACUUGCAACUUAGACACGUUUUAAAAACAAUCUUUUAAAGAAGCGAAGCAGUGUUUUACCAACAUACCUAGUUGAAUCAUUGGUCGUAAAAACAUACUCCCCAAUAAAAAAUUGAACGAGAUGCUAUCUAUAAAUAUUAAAAGUUUUGACAUAAAUAGUACAGUGGUAUAUUGUUUCAGAAAUGUGCUACCUCAUGUAAAUACCACGAUCACUGCCUGAUCACAGAUAUUCACAAAACAAUAAAAUGUGCAUUAGCUAGUCUCAGCCUCGAACCAGAUCCAAUACCUACAAUUAAGUGAGAAUUGAUAGAAGUUUGGUAGUGUUGUCUUUAAGGACAAGUAAAUAUUUAGAAAUAUGUAAAUUAGUUUAAGCAAGGCUGUGGUCUUCACAAUCGAUUGAAUGUGCAUUCAAAUCAAGGGAAAUAAAAGUCAAA